UGACAGAACCAAUUACAGUACAAAUAGUCUCGACCGCAGAGUCCCCCAGGCGCUAUCCCCUCCUACCUCUCUCCCCUCGCCGGAGCAAGCGUACGUCCCUCGCCCUCCACACACUCUCUCGCGGUCACUGAGGGGAAACACGUAGCGCUUUGAGAGGGCCUUUCCAAGAGUGAGUGAGAGCGAAGGAGCGAGAAGAGGAAGGGUCGACAUCACACGUGCUGUUGUGGGUCUCCUUGCCCCUGUGUACCUCUCGUGCCUCGACCUGGAGUAGUGCGGGAAUUUCGAUAGACUAUUUUCGAUUGGCUUUUCGUCGGCGGUGUGGAGUCAUAUGCAUAUAUCAUUUUCCGCUAACGAGGACAGAGAUUCCCUCUUGCGAUAUUCCCCUCACUCGCUGGCGGCGGCGGCCAUGACUUGACAAGACAGUGCGAGGCGGUAAAGCUUUCUUCUGGACGAUUUUUUUUAGUGGUCGGCCAGCGCUGGAUUCUGCCUUGGUUCUUUUCGAAACGAACUGCCCUUUUUAUUAUUUUUUUUGUUAGAAUUAUUAUCAUUUGGUAAGAAGCGCCAGUCCUUGUAGCAUGGAGACUCUGGUCAAGAUGGAGAAGCCCGGAUCUCCCGACAGCCAGACGCAGACGACAGCCUCCGUGACGCCCUUCUCCAUCACCGACAUCCUGACGCGCAUGGAGAGCCGCUCCCCGACGGACCUGCACCGCUCCACGCCCCCCGACCACCGCGCCGCCCUCGCCGACCUGCGCCACUCGCCGAGCCUGCAGGGGUUCCGCCCCGUGUCCGUGCUCAAGUACAGCGCCUCCUCGCCCAUGGACCUCUCCAAGGACUCCGUCAUCCACCCUGAAGUGAGCUCCUCCGUCGAGCCUUCGGCCGGAGGCGGGGGAGGGAGCACGGCGUCCUCGCUGUCCCGCGGGGCGGCCGAGGCGGACGACGCCAGGGACGGCAUCAUCUCCUCGCCCGAGGGAUUCAGCCGCCUCCUGCAGGGCGCCGGAGGGGGGCGGAGGAGCAGGUCGGCGUCGCCCUGCUCAGAGAUGAGCAUGGAGGAGGUCGACAUGGACAACAGCGACCGCGAGGACACGUCGCUCUCGGCCGACCUCUCGACCUCCGCCGGCCAAGAUGCUGCCUCCAGUGAAGACAAAGGCGAAGGCGGCGAAGGAGAGCGCGCGCCCCGCAAGAAGAGGUGUCGCGCCGCCUUCAGCCACGCCCAGGUGUUCGAGCUGGAGCGCCGUUUCGCCCACCAGCGCUAUCUCUCCGGCCCCGAGCGCGCGGACCUCGCCCAGGCGCUCAAACUGACGGAACAGCAGGUCAAGAUCUGGUUCCAGAACCGCCGCUACAAGACCAAGAGGAAGCAGCUGUCAGCGUGUGAACCGCCGUCGUCUGGCCGCCGGGUUGCUGUCAAGGUGCUGAUGCGAGACGACCAGCUGCUCCUGGGGCCUGAGGAGGGCCUCCCCCGCCCGCCCCUCCUCCUCCCCUCGCUCAGCACCCUCAGCACCCUCAGCUCCCUCGGCUCCUUAGGCUCGCUGGGCUCGCUGGGCAUCCCCCCCUACUGCUACUACCCUUACCUGUGCCCUCCCCCCCACUCCGGCGGGGCGAACCCGGCCCUGUCCUCCCUCCCGCACCUCCCCCAGCUCUCCGCCCUCUCCCCGGCUUCCCUCUCCUCCCUCUCGUCGUCCCUCUCCUCCCUCACCUCCUCCCUCCUGCCACCCCACGCCCACGCCCACAGCGCAGCCUCCUCGCCCACGCCCGCGCCCGUGUCCAGCAGCUCGGCGGUGGGCGGCGGGUCGUCGAGCGGCGGUGGCAUGGUGGCCCGGCCUGCCCCCCACACGCCCUCGCCGCCACGCCCGUGAGAUGCAGGGGGGAAGGAGGGUCGCGCGCCCUUGGCUCCACGCCCAUGAGGUGAGAUGAUGCCCACCACGCCCAUGGGCUGGAGGAGAGACAGACGCCCGCGACCCUUCGCCCUCGAGACCCAGCGCCGAGAAUCGCCCUCACGCCGAACGUGUAUAUAUUUUACGUGCGACUUCGUGAGUGUCGAAAUGCCACGUUGCAUGAGGACAACUGCAGGAUGAUUUUGGGAUCAGCGGAUUGCUCUUCUCGGGAGACAGUGACUUUCCGUGGAAUGACUUUCGUAGUGUAUAUAUGUAAAAAGGAAGGAGAGAAAAACAUAUGUGAAAGAUAGAUAACUACGUAUAGAAAAACAAAAUGAGAGAGAAAAAAACGAAUUAAAUUGGAAAAGCAAACUGAGGGACGAAUAAAGAGAGAGAGAGAGAGAAACAAACUCAAAAUACUCUUUAUCGUGUAUUCGUGUAUUCCCGCACAAGACAUGGAUGUCUCGUCGUAGAGAAAUAAAAAAGGUUUCAGACACGCGCCGUAGAAGUCGUGUCCGAUAUCCGAUGAACCAACUAUAAACUCUUGCCGGUAUGAGAGGACCAAUAGCCAACCAGUCACCGUUCACCGUUCACUGUAAACUAGUCCUGAAAUCCCCACCUAGUAGUUACCCACUCUGCUAGUCCACUGUACAAACACGUGGCUUCGUGUAUACUUUUACCCUUCAAGGAGUAUUGAUAUUAAAAAAAAUAAAACCAAAAAAAAAUCAAUAAAAAAAUAACUAUAGAGUAUACCUGAUGUCUUAGAGAUACUGGAUAUGAAUAUAUUUAAUCAAGAGAAUUACUGUAUGACUUGCAUAAUUGUAAGAGAUAUACACAUUAAGAGUUCAGAGACAAUAUUUUCAUUCAGGCCGAAAAAGGGAGAAAGAAAACGAGAUGGAAGAUAAAUUGUCUGAAUAGAAAACAUAAGUUAAUUUUCCUACAAUAGAAAACUAUUUUACCAAAGACUUUUUUUUUUAGUUCUUAUGAGAAAAGGAAACUGUACGUCAGUCUGUGUCACGUCCUACAAGAGAGUGAGUGCGAGAGUAACAAAAGGGAAAGAAAAUAAACGAGGCAAGGGACACAUUCUUUGAACAUUGUGAAUCGAGGACCAUUUCAGUAUUUACACAUUCGAUCCAGGUCGUCCCAGUGAGCUUUCCCCUCCCCCCCUCUCGCCCUCCCUCACUUCCCUCUCCCCCACAAAAAAAUGGAAAAUACAAGAGGGGAAAAAAAAACUUUGUGUGUCGAGUUUUUAAAAAAAAGUGAGACUUAUUUUGAAGACGAGAGAAAAAAACACGGAAAAAUAGGAAAUUCCUGGAGGUUGGUCGCGGGGAAACCUAGAUGUUAUUUUGAAAAAGACAUCGCUACCCUUGAAGUGAUUUUGAAAAUAGUGUGAGACUCUUCAGAUAUUCGAGGAUUGUAGGGGGAGGAAGGGAGGAAAUGAGAAAGAAGAGGUAGAAGUGAAAGAACGGGGACAAGGAAAACAGAAGAGCGAAGAAGGGAGGAAAAAGUGCAAAAACUAAAAAGGUCUCCACGUCUUUCUGUUAGUAUAUGGUGCAAAGGCGUCUCGAGGAAGCAAUGUUGCAUGGCCAGUCACAUAUCUUUUGAUUAUGUUACCACUUAUCACUGUAUGUUGUAUAAUAUAACCCGAUGUUGAUGUUGA